AUGGCAUUCUAUGAGAGAUUACACUCACUUGGCAAAAUCGCAAGCGAAUGUGGUCUCCACUUGAUUUCACAGCAACAAACAAAGAAUACCAAGUCACAAGCUUCCACCAAUCCACUGUAUACAGUCCCUAAAUCCAAUGUUGAAGAAUGCGUCAUGUUUUGUAAACUAUUCCUCAAGGCCUAUUAUGGAAAAGCAACAAGUUAUGUUCAAGGUCCCAGCAGACUUUUCUCUGCCUUACUAAAUUUGCAAGUGAUCUUUUUACUAGUCCAAUCGUAUUCUAUAAGUGGAGAAUACGACAAGACAAUUGCCUACUCGACAGAGUGUUUGGAUGGCAUCCACACUAUUAAGCAACAAUACUCAUCAGAAUCGACAAGCUCUGAUGAGCUUAUGAUGAGUAAGAUUGAGGAAAAGUGCAUCUUCUACAGAGGUUACUCAUCCCACAAGUUGGGACUCUUCACUCAAGCAGAGAGGGAUCUUGAGGUGGCAGAAUCCGUGUACUCCGUUUCAUCAUGUGCACAAGAAGAGUACUGCUCCCCAAUAAGAGAAGGUACCAUUAACAAUUCGAGAAAGUACUACCACCUCAUGAAUAUUCAAUUCACACUCAUUAAUAACCAUAUCAAACUGAAACAAUUCCAACAAUCUUUAGAGUAUUUCAUCAAAUUGAUUUCACUCAUGAGAAGUGCCACAGAUAGCCAGCAAAUCAUUGGAAAGUCUUCCAUAACCAUUGAAUCAAUGGAUGAGAAAUCAUGGAACCUACUCAAUUUGUGGUUUCCUGGAUUGCCAUACUUUUUCCUUGCUGAAUUUCUUUACAAACAACAGGACUACUUGUCCUCCAACAUUCUCUUUGAGAAAUAUAGCAACUAUGAGCAAGGAAGAAAGCUUUCCGUGCAUAAGCAUCAAAAACAAACACCACCAUCCAAUCCUUCCAAAGAUAAGCAAUUGGUUCAUGCCAUGAGCAGAAUUAAUCAAAUAAAUUCUGUCAUCCAAAGUGAUCAAGAAUAUUGA